AUGGUAAAAAUAUGUGAAUGGGGGACGUGUAACAGCGACACUCGUUAUUCCGAGAGAGUGGAGAAUAUCAGAUUUGUGCCAUUUCCUAAACCUAAAAGCAAUUUCGACAAAUGUUUACGAUGGGUGAAAGCUUGUGGACGACCCCACACACAACUGAAUCCACAAAAAGUCACCCGUCACACCUAUGUCUGCUCUAAGCACUUUGUGGGAGAUAAAGAAAGUCAACAAAAUGAGGAGUCUGCAGCCCCAGAGUCAGCUGACCAAACAAUUAGGUCACCCAUUGACCACACAGAUCAGUUGUCAUCUUCCCCUUUGGAUGUAUUGUCAGCCGUUGCAGAGAUGAGAAGCUUGCAACAACAAGUUCAACAGCAGCAGCAACAGUUAAAUCAACAGACUGUGCUAAUUCAACAUCUUCAGAUGCAACAAUGUGAAAAUGACAGAACACCCAAAGGAGUUGUAGAAAUUUCACCAUUAACCAUAGCAAGCAUUUUGAAACAAGAAGAAAAAGUGAAAGGACUGUUUAAAUAUUACACCAGUUUGAAGUACACCGCAUUUUUGUCAUUGCACAAGUUUUUGACAUUAAAUUGUUUACCAAUAUUCGAAAGAAAGAGAAAGGACAUUGAAAGAAUGCCUUCGGACCAGCAACUUUUACUGACAUUAAUGCGAUUGCGUCAUAAUUUUGGCAUUAAGGAUUUACCUUCUCGAUUUUAUAUUUCAUCACAAGCUGUCAGUGAAGUUUUCUUGUCUUGGAUUGAUCACAUGUACUUAUUGUUAGGUGCAAUACCAAUCUGGCCACAUAGGAAUGACUUGAUUAACAGUAUGCCACAGCAGUUUAAAGUAGAGUUUCCAACUACGAUGGCAAUAAUAGAUUGCACAGAGCUCAAGACCCAAAAGCCAUCAUCACUGAAGCUACAGUCACAGAUGUAUUCAGACUACAAGUCUAGUACAACUCUCAAAGGACUAGUUGCCUGUGAUCCUAUGGGUAACAUAAUUUUUGUGAGUGAACUUCACACAGGAUCAAUGUCUGAUAAGGACAUCACCGUUAAAAGUGGUUUUUUUAAAACUUUUGCAACAGCUAGUGGAAUCUGGGUACAUAAAACGAGGGGAUUCAAUAAUGGCAGAUAA